CGUUGUCAGGCAGCUGGAGACUAGGUCCAGGGGUUGGGGGGAGGGGGGAGGAGGUCAGGCCGAAUCUUCCUCCGUAAUAAGAAGCUACGCGUCCCGCGGUCCUGGCUCCGUGGGUCCGGUCGGAUCGGGCCUGGGCGCUGGAGCUGCUGUGGCUCCCACCGCGACGGGUGCGAUGGAGGCCGUCCCGGAGCCCAGCGCUCACGCCGGGGGAGGCCGAAACAGCCGGCGGUGCUAGUAAAUGAGGCGGCGGCGGCGACGGCGGCAAGGGCUCUCCAUGAGCAAGCGGCGGCGGCGACGGGUGCGGCGGCACCGGCGGUUUUCGGUCCCCGGGGAGGAUGAAGACACUGUUUGAAGAGAUCAAAGCAUCAAUUAAAAAUAACUAUAACCAAGAUCGCUCAUUUUGGAGGCCUGUUCUUCCUUGGGGAGGUGUUUUUACUAUCAAAGCUGGCCGCAAAGCAGUCUCCUGUACACCACUCUAUGUUGAAAUAAGACUGAAAAAUACCUGCACCAUAGAUGGAUUCUUGAUGUUACUCUAUGUCAUUCUCAAUGAAAAUGAAAAUUUCCCCCGGGAACUCUCUCUUCAUUUAGGUAGAGAGUUUGUAGACUGUUUUCUUUAUUUAAUGGACACCUACAGUUUUACAACCGUGAAGCUACUUUGGAUUUGGGACAAAAUGGAAAAACAGCAAUACAAGUCUGAAGUUCAUAAAGCUUCAUUAAUAAUUGAUUUGUUUGGGAAUGAACAUGAUAAUUUUACAAAAAAUCUUGAAAAUCUCAUGUCAACCAUACAAGAGAGUUACUGUUCCAACUGGCGAUGCCCCACUCGAGUGCAGGAAGAUCAGCAACGCACAAUUAAUAUAAAUCCUCCCCAAGAAAUUCCACAUGGAAACUUGAUACGACUGGCUGUGGAUGAGUUAUUCUGUUCCAGGAUUGAACUGUGUGAAGAGCAUGGGUGUGGUGGCUUAAGAGAAUUUUCCCAAAGAGUGUUCUGCCACGGGGCACCCCCUUUUGUUGUCUUAAAUAUGCAGCAUUGGAAAUCUGAAGAUCUGGCAUAUGUCCCCUAUUAUUUGGAUUUAUCUGAUCACAAGUAUUUGUUGGAAGGUGCCACAUUGUUUAACAAAGAGGAACAUCAUUAUUCUGCAGCCUUUCAAAUUGAUGGACAUUGGAUGCACUAUGAUGGCCUCAGAAAUGUGAAUUUAAUUUUGUUAAAUAAACCCCCAGAGUUUCUCCUCUUGUCAUCAUUGGUUUAUAUUCGAGCAACAGAGAAAUAAAUAUAGACUGAUGCUAAAUUAUAUUGUUUUCCCUCCUGCCCAUGCUCCCCCAGAUGAAGGGCUUUUGCUUUGUAUAUACUUGGUAUCCAAGGAAAUAGUUCAACUAUAUUAGUUUCAGAGGUGUAUUUUCUAGUGUUUAGCCCCAGGUAAAAGUUUUAUAUAGAGAAUCUAUGCAAAAAUGUUUGUAUUUCUUUUUUCUUAAUCCCAGGUUAUUUUUAUACAAGCAUAUUUUAUGUUGAAAUAAAAUAUAUCUUGUAGCAUUUGUAUUUUUUAUUUAUAUGUACCGCAAAGGUUUUUUACAAUUCUGUCUUUGAAUCUGAGAAAAUAAUUCAUCAUUUGAAUUCUCAAUUUUUCCUUUUGGAUAUCCAAAUAAAACCUGGGUACAAAUCAGUUUUCAGUUUAUGUAAACUUAACAGUUCAAAAUACCUGACUGUAUUUAUUUGCCCUACCUCAUUAUAAUCCAAAGUGCACUAUUGGAUCUAGUGUGGAUUUGAAUGUACAACUUAGAGAUGGUUUAGUCUAUUUUACCUGACUUGCCUAAUGUCCCUGCAGCAAUUUUUUUAAAAUACUUUGGUAAGAAUGUUUCUCUGGACUUAAAUUAUUUCUUUAUAAUGGCAAAUAACUUCACUUGCUAAAGUAUUAAAAACCUAGCAGUGGAUUUUAAGUGUUAACUAAGCUCCAAGCUUAAUUAAGCUUAUUUUUACUCAAAUUAUAUAACUAAUGUUUAAAUGUAAUAGAAGUUCUCUAAUAAAAAUUUAUUUUGCAGAUAAGACAGCUAUAAAAAGUGUUAGGCAAACUGUGUGUUUACUAAUGUUGAAUGAACAAUGGAAAUGUACUUUAAACAUGUACUUAAGAGAAAAUGGGUGCCUGAGAAUACAGUUGACUCUUGAACAACUUGGGGGCUCGGGCCCUGAUCCCCCAAACAGCCAAAAUUCCCCCAUGUAACUUUACAGUUUUCCCUCAAAACUUGUGGUUCCACAUCCUUGGAUUCAGACAACUUCGGAUCAUGUAGUACUACCGUACAUGUGAACUGAAAAAAAUACCUGUAUAAGUGGGCCCACACAGUUCAAACCCAUGUUGUUCAAAGGUCAGUUGUCUUUCUCUUCCUAGUAAGUCACAUUGGCACAGAGGAAAAAAUACUUACAUUUUGGGGGUAACAUCUGUGUGCUGCCUUAAUAAUAGUAAAUUGAUACCAUGAGACUUUCUUUGAUUUGAAGUAUAAAUCCCCGGAAGUGUGUAGUUAUCAGAAUGUUAUGUUUCUUUUCAAAGACCUAGGAUCUCUCUUCCUUUUGCAAUGUAAAGGAAAAGUAAUAAGUAAUGUUCUCAAGGGAAAAUGCUUUUUGAAAUCUAUCAUCAUUUAUUUUAGUGUUUUCAGUGUGGUUGACCCUAGGUUUGGGGUUGAGAUUGAGUGCAAUAUAUUUGGAGAUUUGUACACAGCAUCACAAUUCACUGCCAUUUACCAAAUUGCUAAGGUUUAAUUCAAUAAAUUAAGUCUUACAUUGCAUUGGUGCCAUGUUAAGAUAACUUACUGAAGAAUGGAUAAAUAUAAGUGCAACAUUGAUGAGUAUGCCUUUUUAUCAUAUGUAAAAAAGGAAUAUUCAUUGUAUAUGCUCAAAGUCGUGAUCUAUUUUAUUUUUUUAAAAAUUCACACCAAAGUUUAUUUAAAUAGUUUCCGCACGUAUUUAAAUAGGGUUUGAUUUAUAGUCUACUUUUCUGGGAACACCUUACUGCAUGAAUCAAAGUAUACAGAAACACAAAUAUUAGCAUAUACAUAAAUGAUAUCAUUAACAAAAUUAUUCCUGAUGCAGAUUUAUUUUUUUGAAUUGCACUUUAUUUGGAAUAAUUCUAGCUUAUCACGAAACAGUGACAUACCUACCUCACAGGGUUGUUGUGAGGAUUUAAAUGUUUGUUAACAUCUUGACUACCUUGAACAUGCUAAUAAAAAAAAACAUUUUUUCUA